CCAGCUAUCAAACCGUAAACCAACAACCCCUCGAGCCAACAUGUGGACAUACGUGCUUCUCGCGCCAUUCUCCCUCUUCUUCGCCUACCGCGCCUGCAACCUGCUGCGCAAUUACCUCGCGGCUCGCCGCUACAGCGUCCCGAUCAUUCUGUUACCCGUCUCCUUCGAAGAUGCGUGGUGGAUCCCGCUGCGGCCACUCUUCUCCUGGGUCGAACGGCUCCCUUUUAAUCUCGGAUCAUGGUAUAUCUUCACCACCAUGGGCUGGCCCACCGAGGACGAAUACCGCACCGUCUCCCGUCUCGGCGAAACAUUUGUUCUCUGUUCACCCACUCGCAACACAAUCGCGACAUGCUAUCCGCCCGCACUCCAGAAGGUGUUUGGUGAGCAUAAGAACUGGCCCCAGCCGGAGUCGCAAAGCCAGAUGUUCGCAUUCUAUGGGCAGAAUGUGAGCUCGACAAAUGGGGCAGAGUGGCAGCGACAUCGGAAGAUUACCGCGAGAGCGUUCAGUGAGGCUACCUGUCGGGAGGCGUGGCAGGAGACAGUGAGAAGGGUGAAAUCUGUUGAUUUUGAGCGCGAGAGUGAGAGGACGCUGGGACGGGUGCGGACCACGUUUGAUUUGCUUGCUAUGCAAGUGCUCGCAAACGUAGGGUUUGGCCAGGAUAUUGAGUUGACUAGUGUGCCGCCGGGUCAUCGAGAGAGCUUGAUGGGAAGCCUGGGGUUUAUCUUGGAGCAUGUUAUGCUCACCCUGGUGUUUAACAGUCUGAAGGCGCCGGAUAUUAUGCUCCCGGGGAUCCUGAAGAGGCUAAAAGUAUCCGUGGCCGAGUUUAGGUUGUAUAUGAAAGAGGCGGUACUUCGACAUAUGCAAGCCUCGAAGACGAAGACCGAUCAGCCCGGGAGAACGAGCCUUCUAGAAGCGAUGGUGAAAGCCAACGAAGCAGAGAAACAGCAGCUGCAAAAGACUACGAGCAGGCCCUCCUAUUUGACCGAGUCGGAGUUGUACGGGAAUAUCUUUGUCUUCAAUCUCGCAGGGUACGAAACGACGGCUUCGACUCUGACUUUCGCACUACCAUACCUGGCCGCGCAUCCGGAGACCCAGGACUGGGUGAUCGAAGAGGUGGACAGAUACUAUGUCCAACGUUCAACCGAUGAUGAAUACGAGAACACAUACCCCAAGCUCGUGCGCUGCCUUGCCGUCAUGCACGAAACGCUUCGACUAGCAAGUCCCGCGCCACUCCUCGUUCGCUCACCAAACGAGCCUACCGAGCUUCCAGUGUCAACAUCCGACGGUCCGACCACCGUUACCGUAGACCCCGGCACACUCGUCGGCGGCAACUUCUACGGCGCCCAUCUUUCUUCGCGCUGGGGUCCAGAUGCGGAAACCUUCGACCCCAAGCGCUUCGUAUCCAUCUCUUCUGCGGGAGAAGAGCGCGUAGCCGUUCCAGAAGGGCCCAUGUACUGUCCAUGGAUAUUUGGGACGCGUGUUUGCCCAGGGAAGAAGUUCAGCCAGGUGGAAUUUGUAGCGUUGAUCGCGCAGAUUAUGUCCGAGUGGAAGAUCGAUGUGCUGAGACUGGAAGGAGAGGAUGAGCAGGUUGCGCGCGGAAGGCUGAUGGGGGUCCUCAAGGAAAAGUAUUUCAAUAUCAGUACGCACCUGAAGCGGCCGGAGGAUGCUGGGGUGAGGUUCGUGCGACGAAGGAGGGCACAUGUCUGAUAGGAAUGGCUGAGCCUUACUUGCGAAGGCGCAAGGGAAGCGCGGUUCCAAGUGCGCCACCGCUGAACGAUACCAGGGGCAGCUGUAGGGCCACAAACUAUGGACGGUCGUUAACUGAGUUUGCUGGAUUGCGCCAUGGAGGGCCUGGAUCCAGUGUGGACUGCAGAUGGCACAACUGGUGUACGGCCAGAGCCUAUGUACUCGUUCGUUGAUCCCGGAUCCCACUGUUAGGGAUGAAGUAAAGGUGAAUGCGGGAAGUUGAUCUUCAUUCAACGAUUCUGUCGCCGUGGGGACCCUCGAGCG